AUGGAGGCGAAGAGCUUCACAGUUUGGGAUUAUGUUGUAUUUGCAGCCCUCUUUGUCAUUUCCUCUGGAAUUGGGGUGUUCUUUGCUAUUAAGGAGAGGAAAAAGGCAACUUCAAGGGAGUUCCUGGUCGGGGGAAGGCAAAUGAGCUUUGGCCCUGUAGCGUUGUCUCUCACAGCCAGCUUCAUGUCAGCUGUCACUGUCCUGGGAGCCCCCUCCGAGGUGUACCGCUUUGGGGCAUCCUUCAUGCUCUUCUUCAUCGCGUAUGCACUUGUCAUCAUCCUCACGUCAGAACUCUUUGUCCCCGUGUUCUACAGAUCCGGCAUCACCAGCACUUACGAGUACUUACAGCUACGAUUCAAUAAACCAGUGCGCUAUGCGGCCACUGUCAUCUAUAUUGUGCAGACGAUUCUCUACACAGGAGUGGUGGUGUAUGCACCUGCGCUAGCGCUCAAUCAAGUGACUGGGUUUGAUCUCUGGGGCUCUGUGUUUGCAACAGGAAUUGUUUGCACAUUCUACUGUACCCUGGGAGGAUUAAAAGCAGUGGUGUGGACAGAUACAUUUCAGAUGAUUGUCAUGAUUGUGGGAUUUUUAACAGUUCUCAUUCAAGGAUCAGCUCAUGCUGGUGGAUUACACAAUGUCAUAGAGCAAUCAACAAAUGGAUCUCGACUAAAUAUAUUUGACUUUGAUGUAGAUCCUCUCAGGCGCCACACUUUUUGGACAAUCUCGGUGGGAGGAACUUUUACAUGGCUUGGGAUCUAUGGAGUUAAUCAGUCCACCAUACAGCGAUGCAUCUCUUGCAAAACAGAAAAACAUGCAAAACUAGCCUUGUAUUUUAACUUGUUGGGUCUUUGGAUCAUUCUGGUGUGUGCUGUCUUCUCUGGCUUAAUCAUGUACUCCCACUUCAAAGAUUGUGACCCUUGGACUUCUGGGAUUAUCUCAGCACCAGACCAGCUGAUGCCAUACUUUGUCAUGGAGAUAUUUUCCACGAUGCCAGGACUGCCCGGACUCUUCGUAGCUUGUGCCUUCAGCGGAACUCUAAGGUUAGUAUAUCGACAACUCUCCACUCUGAUGACGUGGAGGAUGAUGACAGUGGUGAUGGCAAGGCCAGUGAGGUGGUUUAAAAGAACUUGUCAUCUUAGAAAGAUGACAAGAGGCAUCUGCUUCUUCACUCAGCAAGCUCCCUUGGUCCUGGAGGACCUGCGUCUCUUGUUUGGCGUGCUGUGUACCUCCAUGGCUGUGGCUGCAUCCCUCAUGGGGGGCGUCGUGCAGGCUGCUCUCAGCAUCCAUGGCAUGUGCGGGGGACCAAUGCUGGGCUUGUUCUCUCUGGGAAUCUUGUUCCCUUUUGUGAACUGGAAGGGUGCAUUAGGUGGCCUGCUGACUGGAAUCACCUUGUCAUUUUGGGUGGCCAUUGGAGCCUUUGUCUACCCUGCACCAGACUCCAAGACAUGGCCCCUGCCUUUAUCCACAGACCAUUGUGUCCCAUCAAAUGUAACAGAGUCAGUGCCCACAGAGCUACCUAGCAGGCCUCCUAUCACCGACACCUGGUACUCGCUCUCCUACCUUUACUACAGCACCGUGGGCUGCCUCGGAUGCAUUGCUGCUGGGAUAAUCAUUAGCUUCAUAACAGGUUACCAGAGCAGCAAGGAUAUUCAACCACUGCUAAUUAGACCGGUUUGCAAUUUAUUUUGCUUUUGGUCUGAGAAAUACAAAAGACUGUGCUGGUGUGGUGUUCAGCAUGAUGGUGGGAUGGAGCAGGAAAACCUUGAGAAUGGCAGUUCCUGGAAACAAGGGGCUGAAUCUGUCUUACAGAAUGGACUCAGGCAAGAAAACCUGGUCCGUAUUCCAGGCCAUGAUCCGAAGGACAAAAGCUACAGCAAUAUGGCGUUCGAGAAGAUUACCCAUUUCUGA